AUGCCUGCGACUUCUAUAGACUUUAACGCUGUGCCAGGUGACUCCCAUCUUGUCGCUUUAAGUGGAAAGGACCAUGACGGAAAAAUUGUGCUCAUCCCGACACCAUCAGACGAUCCAGACGAUCCAUUGAAUUGGUCGCCACGCCGGAGGUGGACCGCGGUCGCCUGUGUUUUGGUGUACACCCUUUGCGUCUGCAUUCCCACAGCGGCAAUCUACUCAGUGCUUCCCAAUAUUGAAAAAAAGACGGAUAUUACGCUGGGUGACUUGAAUGCCGGUACCGGAUACAUGUUCUUGUUUUUGGGAAUCGGGUGCCUCAUUUUUCAGCCCUUGGCACUGCAGUUUGGGAAACGACCAGUGUAUCUUUUCUCAAUAUUUGCGACUUCUAUGAUUUGUAUUUGGCCCCCCUACACCAAGUCAAAUGGUGAAUGGAUAGCCUCGAAGAUUUUGCAAGGACUCGUUGGAUCAUCCGUGGAAUCGCUUCCAGAGAUCUCGAUGAGUGACCUCUUUUUCGAGCACGAACGAUCAUUCGGUCUUUCGUUAUAUGGAUUGACUUUGUUGUUAGCUUCCUUUUUGGCGCCUUUUGUCGCUGGCUUCAUAUCAGAGGGGCAAGGUUGGGAAUGGGUAAUGUGGUGGUGUGCUAUUUUAUGCGCUGUUGGUUUCGUCAUCCUCUUCUUCUUCAUGGAAGAGACUAAUUACGAUCGCAAACUGAAGGUCGAUUCUGCCACUGGAGAAGUCCUCACAAUCAACUCGAAACAACAACAAUUGGGAAAUGUGGUUACAAACAUUGACGAAAUUAUGAAACUUCCGUCCUCGAUCGAUGGCUUGCCAGAGAAAGAUCAAGCCAAGAUUAAUGAUUCAGAGGAAUUGUCAGGUACUGAAGACAAUCGGGAAAACAUCCAUCUUGCAAACCAGGUCAGUAACAUCGAAAUCGUCAAUUCAGCCACCUAUGCUCCCGCUCAGUUCACCAAAAAGACGUACUGGCAAAAGCUUUCUCUCAUUAGCGGAAGACGCAAGAAAUUCCUUCUGCACCAUUAUGCUCUCGCACCGUUUCUGAUGGCUCGUUUUCCCGUGGUGAUAUGGGCAGGUUUUCUUUAUGGUAGCUCCCUUGUUUGGUUCAACGUACUGAACGGAACUGCUGCGUUGAUUUUGUCAGGUAAACCGUAUGACUUUAAAUCCUCAUCUAUAGGGAUUGCAUACCUUUCUCCGUCAGUGUUCAGCGUCAUAAUGUUCUUCCUAUCGGGGAUCUGCUCGGAUUGGUUGAAGGUACGUAUCGCAAUUUGGAGAGGGACAGGAUUGAGCAAGCCAGAAGAUAGACUGUGGAUUCUCAUAGUUUACAGCGUGUUAGGAUGCUCUGCUGCGAUACUGUGGGGUGUUGGUGCCGCCUACGAGGUUCACUGGUUUGGUCUUAUUUUUGGUAUGGGUCUCCUCGGUGGCUGCGGAAUUUUCGCAAUAACAGCUUCUGCAACGUAUGUGGUGGACACGUAUAAGGAACUUGAUACAGAGGCCAUGGUGGUAGUCAUCAUGAUCCGGAACUGCAUGUCCUUCGCCGUGAGUUAUGGUAUAACAGACUGGGUCACAAACCUGGGUUACAAAAAGUGCUUCAUUAGUGUUGCAUUCUUGUGUUUGGCGGCAAACAUGACCUUUCUGGUAAUGCUAAGGGCAGGUCCCUACUUUCGUAAUAGCCAGAAACAUACCUAUUGGACCAUGGUAGAUAAGUAUCGGAAGUUGGGUAUGCACUGA